CCGCCGCCAGGGGGCGCUGCUGCCGCUCCCUCAGCCAAGAUGGCGGCGGCCGCGCGGGGCCUGCGGGUCCUUCCCCGUGCCCUCCAUGUCCCCAGCGCCGCCCGGCAGCUCCACACCAGUCCCGUGUGCCUCAAGGCGCGGGCGGCACGGGUGCGCGCGGGCAAGGGUGACAAGCUGGUGACGUACGAGCAGGCGCACGCCCCGCACCACAUCGGGCACCGCAAGGGCUGGCUGUCCCUGCACACCGGUAACCUGUGCGGCGAGGCGGGCGCGGCCCCGCGGGCCCUGGAGGACGCGUUCCUGCGGCGCUUCCUGGCCGGGACGUUCCCGGGGCUGCUGCUGGACGAGGCGGUGCUGAAGCGCCGCGGGAACCUGCUGGUGCUCUGCGCCCUCCUGGCGCGGGCGCUGCCGCCCCACAAGCUCUACUUCCUGCAGGGCUACGCCGAGACCCUGCUCGGCCACUUCUACAAGUGCCCCGUGCGCCUGGAGCUGCAGACCCUGCCCGCCCGCCUGCCAUACAAGUUCAUCUAGGGUGAACCGGGAAACGGCCCUAAAAAUCCUGUAAAUGUUCCUGGAAAACCUGUAAAUGGUCCUGGAAAACCUGUAAAUGGUCCUGGAAAACCUGCAAAUGGUCCUAAAGGAGUGAUCUGGGGUGUACCUUACAAGUACCUCUAGGAAUAAACCUGUAAAUGUUCCUAAA